GUUCUGGAAGGUGGCCGGCGGGCUGUUGAUCCUGCUCAUCUGCGCUAUCAAUAUGUAUUUCGUGGUGGAGUACGUGCUGUCCUUCAACCACCUGGGGCUGUACAUCGGCACCGCGCUGCUCAGCCUGCUCUACCUGGGCUUCGUGGUGUACCUGACGUGGCUGUGCCUGAUCGCGCUGGGGGUGUCGUUCCUGGCCUGCGGGAGCACGGGCCGUUUGGGUUUCGCCGCCCGCCCGGAGCUUUUCCUGCUCGGCCACGUGGACUCGGAGCCAUCGGUGCCCCCGUGAGACCGGGACGGGACCAUGGGACACCCCCGGACACCCUG